GAAUUGUGUUGUAUGCUCAAAUUAAUUAGGAUAUAGUAAUGCCAGUAUUUUGUAACCUAUAAAGCAAUUAGGAAGAGUACUUCCUGCAAGGGUUGCUUUUUUGUAUCAGGCACUGAUACAUAUACACACACAACACAUUUUCAUAUUUUUAUUCAUGAAUUCAUAAGUAACAAGUGUGACUAGUGGCUUACGUUUGUAAGCCAUACAUUAUAUUCCAUUAUAUGUAAGCCAUAAAUACUUCAGAUGUAUAAAGUGCAUUCAUAGGCACUUCGUUUCCAGAAUUCCUGUUCUACAUGUAAAAACUUCUGCAUGUUAAAUCAUUGUGUGGUAAAGAAAGUAAUCUAAGAAAAUGGGUUUAAAUGUGACAAAGUAAAAAAGAGAUGCACUCUAAUUCUGAAAGCCAAGCUUCUGAAUGAUGGCAGACUUGGAAGGAAUAAAAACUGGGGCAGAGAGUAACAAAGGGAGAGAGAGAGGGAUGGAUAAGUUUGGAGGAAGUAUGGUUACUGAUUGAAUAGUUAAUGGAGUGAGAAAGCAACUGAAUCAGCAACAUACACUCAUACUGGUAGACAAACAGCAUCAGAUAUUGUGUAAGGCUAGAGGGAGGGGUGGAGGGGAGAGUGAGGGAGAGGCGUACAGAAGCAACUACCUAUGGAAAAAAUAUAAAAUGAGAGAAAAUGGAGUGAAAGGAAAGGAGAUUAAAUACUUUAACACAACUUUCUCUCCAGGAUCAAAAGGAAAAGUGUGAGCAUAUACAAGCCUUGGAAAGAAAACCAGACUAUUGCAAAAAAGGAGACCUUGGAGAAGGCAAGCUUGGACCUCAGAAAAGGCUGAUAGAACUAAAAGGGAUACAAGAAAGUGGAAUAAAGGAAUGGGAGGAUGAGACAGACCUUUCCAAUUCAAUGGAAAGGGAUACGGCCAACGCUGACAACGGAAACAACAAUGUCAGCAGAAGAGAAAGAUAGGAGUGUUAAUUUGACCUCCUCUAUCUACCCCUCACUCUAUCCAUCUUGCAGCAUUGAUGAAUCCUAUAAAUACAUCUUCCUCCCUCUAUGCUACUCCUUCACCUGUGUCUUCAGCAUCUCCCUAAACUCUGUAGUCCUGUACCGCUCCUUCCACCGCACCAAACGCUGGAAUGCCUCCCUCAUUUACAUGGUCAACCUAGCCUCCACUGACUUCAUGUAUGGCCUCUCACUGCCUUUCCUGGUGGCAAGUUACAUCAUGCGAGACCGCUGGGUGUUUGGGGACUUUAUGUGCCGCCUGGUCCGCUUCCUCUUCUACUUCAACCUAUACUGCAGUAUAUUUUUCCUCACCUGCAUUUCUGUGCACCGCUACUUGGGGAUCUGCCACCCUAUGAAGACUAUCACUAUGGAGACCAAACGGGUGGUCAAGGGGACCUGUGUUUUGGUAUGGGCUGUUGUGUUCGCCUUGACGAGUCCAAUAUUCCGUUUUGCCCAGACAGGUGAUCUCACAAGGGAAACGGAAGGGAGUGCUGGGGGCAAUGGAGUUAGUAACAGAGUUAACACAGGAGUAGUGGAAGCCUUCCAGAACUGCUGGGAUGAUGCCAUUGACAAGGAGUUUUCAGACUAUGUUCCUUAUGGGAUAGUGCUCCACCUGUUAGGUUUUUUUGUGCCAUUCACUAUCAUUGCCUGGUGCUAUUCCCAUGUGGUCUUGACAAUCUUCCGAACCUUGCGUACACAACCUCCACUUGAGGCAGGUGGACGAGGAACAAGUUGGGGCCGUGGAGGAGGAAGGGAGGGAAUGUCUGUUGUUUUGGGACCCCAUUCGCCCUAUGUCCACAGACGUCGGAAGUUCAUCAAAACCAUCAUUACUAUUACUCUAUUGUUUGCACUCUGUUUCUUCCCCUUCCAUGUAACUCGAACCAUUUUUCUGAUACUGAAAGUGACUAAGGGAGUGAAGUGUCACACCAUGCGAAUGGUCUCCAUCUGUUACAAAAUCACAAGACCACUGGCCUCAUUCAAUGCAUGGCUAAAUGCUUUACUGUAUUUUCUCACUAAGGACAAGGGGGGACCCUGUUGCCCUCCACCUGACCCUUCCCAUCAUGGCCUCCUCUGGCCACUUCGGAUGCUGGGAAGAGCAGGAGAUGAAGAGGAUGGUGUUGGAGAAGCAGCAAACAAUAAGGAAAAUGAGUCCAAAUCAUCAGGAAAUAAUAUCUUUUGAGUUAUGCUCAAGAGGGCAUGUAGGGUGGAACUUGUGAUCCUCAUAUGAAUGGGGAGUAUGUUAAAUGAAGAGGAUUCUUAAGACCUCACAGCUUAGUUGUCUACUCAGGAACUCAUUUGAAGAACUAUGAAACAAAAGUCAUGUUUUACUUAAGUGUAUUAUGUGUUAAACCAACAGUUGUUCCCAGUCUUUGGUACCAGAUGAGUUUUAUUAAAAGUAAAAAUUUUAAAAAAGAAACUGAUGUAUUUUGGCCUCCAUGACCAGGGUUCAGAAUCUCUGAAACAAUGGUAUAAUUCCAAAAUCAUCUGUAAAAAUCAAAUGUAUAAAACUUGAGCACUGCUAUACUUCAGGCCACGUAAAUGCAUAACCUUCAGAAAUUAUUGUGACAUUUUCCAAAGACUGUAAACUGUUGUACAAGUAAUAGUACCUAUAUUUAAGUUCAGCUUUUUGAACCAUGUUGAAAUGUGUAGUGUAAUGUAUUUCUUGUACACCGUUUACUUGCUAUGAUGAAAUGGAUUUUAAUUACAUACAUUAAACCUGUUGAUUGAUCUUA